UUCCCUCGCAAGGUGCGCGCGGACAUCGGGGUGCGCAAGCGCGCGCGGGAUCCGGCUACCCGGCUACCUCGCGGCAUGGUCAGGCGCAAUUUCUUCCGAUCGGCGGCGCCAACAAGGAAGAGGAAGAAGAAGCGCCCUGUGGGGGAGGGCGGGGCGCCCGCGAACUCGCCCGCCAACCUGCCACCGCGCGCUGGUGGCCAGGAUUGUCGCAGCGUGGCCGCGGCAGGACAGAGGGCGCAGCGCGUGGCGGCCGGCAGGACUUUGCCGCGCCUGCUACAUUUGAUGCGCGUGAGCUUGCUCCACCGGCCAGAGCGCUGCGUGGAUAGCGCUGAUGGGCUGCGCCCUCAGGGAGGGCUGUUCGGGUACAUCGCCGGCGACCCGGCGUUCAUCGUGGGAACUUUUUCUCGCCGGGGCGUGCCGAUGGCCGACGUCGUCCCGCUGCGUCGCCGAAGCCGGCAGCCCGCCCCCGUGCGCGCGUUGCGCGCGACUUGGGUUGCUCAGUACAAGGAUCUGCACGCGGUGAAGCAGUCCGAGAUUUCCAACGUCGGGGUGCAUUUCCAGGCGGCGCCGCGCAGCGGCGGCCAGCGGUCGAGCCUCCAUUUCACCUCCUGGCGCGACGAGGCCGGCUGCGACAAAGCGCUGGCGCAACUCAGUCGCACCCUGGCGGCGCUGUGGGACGUCGCGCGCGACCGUGCCCAGGCGCGCCAGAGGGGGCCUGGGUUCCGCAACGUCUGCGUGGCUCGCCCUGCCGCCGUAGAUGCGCACGUGGCAGAGGCCGCGGCCAGGGGCGAGCGCCAUUGCACUGCUCCCCGGGCCGACCAGUCCAAGACGCAGUUCGUCCUGGACCUCCCCUUGCCACUCCAGCUUGAGACUAAGAAGCACGCCCUCAUCCUCGCCACGCGCGUCUUCCUGCUGCACUUGCUCCAGAACUUCAGCGAGGCAUUCUGCGGUCGGGCCUCUCGCCGAGCAAUUGCUGAGUACUACAGUGCAAAUUGCUUGGCUUUCUCAGUGGGCUCGCGCGCGCUGUGGUACUUGUCGGCAGUGCCCAGCAAUGAUGCGCUGAGGGCUUUCAUCUGCGACGCCUUAGAGAAUUACCUGGGCCCGCUGGUUGAGCACAUGCGGAAACACGUCAACCUCUACAGCGGCUCCGUCGUCAGAGGGGGCGGCAAUUGGGACCUCGCCGCCCGCGUCCGCAACGACCAGGGGCGUGAGUUUAGCGUGAUACUGGUGUGGAUUGGCGUGGACGGCGCGCUCCUCAAGCCCGUCAUUGCCAGCAAGACCGAGGACCUUGUCGACCUGCUCCCCGACCUCGACGACGUCGUCUCCAGCCUCAAACGUGACCGCCAAGAAGCGGGCUUGGGCCUGGCCGCCAGCGCGCCGAUGUGCCAUUGCACGGACGUGUACGGCAAACAUCGACUCAAGCUCGCCGAGUUCUACAUGGGCAAGUACCCCGAGCAGACGACUAUCGCA